UAUAAUUAUUAAGCUCCAAAAGAGAAAAAUAUUAAUUAUGAAAAUUAAUAGUUUCAUUUUAGUUAUUGUUGUCUCUUUGGCUCUUUCAUUUGUAGGCAAUGCUUUUGAUCCAAGUCCUCUUCAAGACUUCUGUGUAGCCACUGACAGCUCUCAUCCUUCUGUAUUCGUGAACGGCUUAAUCUGCAAGGAUCCGAACCACGUAACAGCCGAUGAUUUCUACUAUUCGGGACUUAACAUUCCCGGAAACACGUCGAAUCAACUCGGAGUAAACGUGACCAUCUUAACAGCCGAUGCAAUACCCGGACUCAACACCAACGGCUUAACCCUAGCCCGAAUCGACUUCGCAGCAAACGGAGGAUUGAACCCUCCACACACGCACCCUAGAGCUGCAGAAAUUCUAGUAGUUUUAGAAGGAACUAUUUAUGCUGGAUUCGUCACGUCAAAUCCCGAUCAUCGUCUCUUCAGCAAGAUUUUAAAACCAGGAGAUGUGUUUGUUUUCCCGUUCGGUAUGGUUCAUUUUCAGUUGAAUCUUGGUAAGAAACCAGCUCUCGCUAUGGCUGCAUUGACGAGCCAAAAUCCAGGAGUGAUGACCGUAGCUAAUGCGGUUUUCGGAGCUGAGCCUUCCAUUAAUGUUGAUGUCGUUGCUAAAGCUUUUCAUUUGGAUAAGAAUUUUGUUCGUGAACUUCAGGGACAAGAGUGGAGUAAUCCAAGUUAAGUAGUUUGAUUUUAUUUAUGUUUUGAUUAAGUCAUUUGUUUGAAUAAUGUUUGUUUGUUGUCUUUGAGUGUUAAAUAAGGUCGAGGAUGAUGUUUACAUGCCUCUGUUCGUUACCAUGAAUCUUUUGAUUUUACAAGUUAUCAAUGUUAUGUGUUAUACAAUUUGUUU